CAAAAGCCAAAGCUGACUACGAUAUGUGAGGCCUGAUCACGACCAACACUCGUCCAUGUCUCCAUCGGUUUGACAACAAACGGACCGACUCUCUCCUACGGUGGCAUCCGCAAUGAUUCGGGGGAAAUCCAGAAUCUCGAAAUUUCUCGUCGCUGCGUUUGCGAGUUAUGUCAUCUUGACGCUGUUGUUGAGUGAUACGGGGGGGCAGUACUGGAAGAAGAAUUGGGUGGAUAUUGCCCGGUCUACGUUGGAGGAUCGGGCAUUGGAACAUAUUGGGAAUGAGACGUUGGGGUUUGAACAUAUCUAUGCCAUUGGGUUGAAGGAGAGGACGGAUAAACGGGAUUUCCUCACCCUUGCUGCCACGAUGGCUGGGUUUCGGGUGGACUGGUUGGAUGGGGUGCGGCCGGAUGAGUUCAGCGAGAAGGCUUUGUUGAAUGAUAACCUCCUCAAGCCAUCCGAGAUAGGAUGCUGGCGCGCUCACAUGAAUGCCCUCCACAAUAUGAUCCAAAACUCCUAUUCCACGGCCCUCAUCCUCGAAGAUGACGCAGACUGGGACAUCACCAUCAAGCAACAACUGCGCGAGUUCGCCCGAGGCAUCCGCGCCUUAACCGGAAACACCAACACCUCCAAAUCCGCCCCCUACGGCACCAACUGGGACGUUCUGUGGAUCGGCGGAUGCGCCUCAGCGGCCGCGCCCAAUGAGACCCAGUUCUACGCCAUCCCCAACGACCCAACCGCCCCCAGUCUCGAGCACCGCGGGACCUGGGGCGGUCCCCUGGAAACCUGGAAAGAGUUAUACCCCGAGACGUCGACGCGAUUCAUCUAUCGGGCGGAAAUGGGCUGCUGCACGUAUGGGUACGCGGUGACCAAGCGCGGCGCGGAGCGAAUUCUCGCAGCGUUAGCAGUCGAUCGUCUCGUGGCCGCGGUGGACAACUCCAUGGCGGAUAUGUGUGGGGGGAAGGAUGGACGGCCGCAGAUCGAGUGCUAUGCGCCGUUUCCGAACAUGAUCGGGACGUAUAAGGCGGCGGGGCUGGCAUCGAAGGAUUCGGACAUCCAUAACGGCAGUGAGGAUGAGUGGCACGAGGCGCAGGCGUGGAACUUGAUGUAUAGUACCCGGCUGAAUAUCCAUCGGCUGGUGGCCGGGGAGGACACGGUGUAUGCGCAGUACGAUGAGGGUUUCCCCUGGUCGCGGCGCGUGUUGAACCCAAAGGAGUUCGAAUACCCCAGGGGGUAUCUGGUUACGUGAAUCGGUUACAUAUUUGUCAUUGGAAUCAUCUGAUUCCCCUCUGUAUUUAGGAAUGUUACUCCGUCG